AUGGUUAUCAUCAUUGAUCAUAUUCGCAUGUUUGGUAAUGACUUACUGGAAUUUGACCUUCGCACAAUUAGAGCUGCAACAAAAAACUUCUCGAUUGCUAAUGCUCUUGGUGAAGGUGGAUUUGGAAUUGUUUACAAGGGAAUGCUUUCAAAUGGGCAAGAUAUAGCUGCGAAAAGGCUCUCUAAAAACUCUGGACAAGGUGCUAAAGAGUUCAAGAAUGAGGUAAAAUUAGUAGCGAAGCUUCAACACCGGAACCUUGUUAGACUCUUGGGCUUCUGCAUCGGCAAACAAGAAAAGUUACUCAUCUAUGAGUUCGUGCCUAAUGCAAGCCUUGAUCGCUUCCUAUUUGAUCCAGUUAGACGCUCAAAUUUGAAUUGGGAAACACGCUACAAAAUCAUAGUUGGAAUUGCACGAGGGCUUCUUUAUCUGCAUGAGGAUUCUCGACUUAAAAUUGUACAUCGAGAUCUAAAAUCUAGCAAUAUCUUGUUAGAUAGUGAUUUAUGCCCUAAAAUUUCAGACUUUGGUAUGGCAAGGCUUGUUGGAAUGGACCAAACACAUUGCGACACAACUAAAAUUGCUGGAACAUUUGGAUACAUGGCCCCUGAAUAUGUACUAAAUGGACAGUUUUCAGUAAAGUCAGACGUAUAUAGUUAUGGUGUUUUGCUACUGGAGAUUGUAAGUGGUCAGCGGAAUGGUAGCACUUUACAUCAAUUAGAAUAUUCUCAAGACCUUGUGCGCAAUGUGUGGGAGCAUUGGACUAAAGAGACACCUUUGGAGUUCGUGGAUUUGAGUGUGAGAGAAUAUUGCUCAAGUAGUGAAGUCCUUAGAAGCAUUCACAUCGGGCUUUCAUGUGUCCAAGAUGAACCAGCUCGUCGACCCUCCAUGGCAUCAGUUGUCCAUACUCUCCAGAGUGAAUCUCUAACGCUACCUGUUCUAUCUCCACCUACAGUUCUUGCAAAAGGAUUGGGCUCGCAAACAAGAGAAUAUUUCCUGGAAAGACUACAAUCCACAAACUCUUCAAUAUGA